CUGUCCGUUCGGUCAUGUGACAAGCGGAGCUGGUAGUAUACAGCUAGCUCUUCCAUAGCUAGUUAGCUCAUUUCAUGGGGGACGUUUUGGCAAAGCAGGCUCAAAAAUAUCAGAAGGCGUCACCUUCACAGGCUUCAGUUCUUUGGGCAUUUCGCUUUGGUGGCAGAAGAGCCCCGCUUGAAUCUUGCUCAAAUAACCAUUUUAUGCAAUCAUUCAAUGUCACUUUACGGUAGGUUAUUCCAAGACCUCCGAGCUUGUGUGAAUCAACUUGAAGCGCAAGUCCUCCCUUGAAGUCCGAGUCCCAGUGGCUGGUAAAGUCAUUUUGUGGCUGAGGUGCUUUGGAGGAUCUGAAGUCCACCAUGCCGCAAUUCAAGUUCAGCUUCACUUUACCAAAGUUUGGCAAGGAGCGAGAGGGCCAGACGAGCACGUCAGACAAUGAGGACAACGUACCGAACCCGGAAGCCCGCGAGGUCCUAGCGAGCGAGGGUCUGAGCCUUGAGGAGGCACAGAUGGACCCGCUGCCCUUGGACCGUGGUCUGAUCCUCCUGAAGGGCCGAGUCCCAAGCAGCGCGACCGCAACGGUAGGGGCCAGCCAAUCCGACCUGGUGCCGGGCAAGUACGAAGGCGGUUUCAAGUUGUGGGAGUGCACGACCGACCUCAUCGAGACCCUGCGGAGGGAGAUUCAGGAUGGCAGAUUGUCGUUCAGGGGCAAGCAUGUACUGGAGCUGGGCUGCGGCCAUGGGCUGCCAGGCAUCCUUGCAUGCAUCAAGGGAGCGCACCGCGUGCACUUCCAGGACUUCAAUGCGGAGGUGCUGACCUCGCUGACCAUCCCCAACGUUGCGGCCAACCUGGCGCACGCCCGAAGCAUGCCACGGAGGGUCAGCGAAGUGAAUGUGCCCACCGUAUCCAGGACACCCAACCCGGCAGUCGAAGUGAAGUACUUCGCAGGCGACUGGGGGGACAUGCCCGGGGUGCUGUCGAUGGUUGACAAGGAGACGGCGCCCGAGGCCCUGCACGGCCGGGAAGCCUUCCACCCAGUCAGCAGCUUCGAAGACCUUGCCGCAAUGGAGAACUCUGCGGAGAACAUCCUGGCGCAGGAGCGGGAGCAGCCACGUGUCGACAGCACGUCGAGCGCGGCGUCGGCGCACGAGACCCACAGCCGGCGGGAGUCGGUCGGGGAGGAGCCGCACGGCGCGGCGGACCUGCCCGGGGCAGUGGCGAGCACCGCGGAUAGCACGGGGGGGAGCAGCGGGGACAGCACCGGGCAAGACCAGGUAAGCACUGCCAAGCGAAGCGACCGGGAGGCCUCGGUCCACCAGACCGGGGACAGUGCGGUCGACGGCGGGGCCGGGCACCCCUCGCACCCCCAUGCCUCGUUUGCGCGGGCUGCGAGCGUGGAGUCAACGCCCCAGUGGACCUCGCAGCGCAGCAGCUUCUCCGAGGCGGGCAUGAGCCGGCGGGCCAGCCACGUGGAGGAACCCAAGGGCGGGUAUGACGUCAUCCUGAUGGCGGAGACGGUGUACUCGCCCGCGUGCUACCAGAAGCUGAACCACCUGAUCAAGAAGGCUCUUCGCUCUCCGUACGGCGUGGUAUACCUGGCGGCCAAGAAGUAUUACUUCGGGGUGGGGGGAGGCACCCGGCAGUUCAAAGCGGUCCUCGAGGAGGACGGUCUCAUGGCCGGACACCUGCUCGCUGAGUUCGUCGACGGUGUUUCCAACGUACGAGAAAUCUGGAAGUUCUUCUACAAGACGCACUAAUAUUGCAACAAGACGCACUAACAUGGCCGGAAGGACUGCGCCUUUCGUGUAUUUUAUCGGUCAUCGGGGCCUGCAUGCGUUUGCAAGAAUCCUGAGAGACACUGGAUGGAUUGCGUGCUUAUUCUGGGAUGACAGACUAUCAGGAUUCUGACUUUUCUACUGACUAUCUACAGAAUAAGGUUUGAUGGCUGUGGUGGUCAAUCUCAUGUGCUUGGUGUCCUGACAUGCUUGGCGGCGCCAUAGCACCCCUGUAUUUUAGGCGCCACUGGCCAACCUAUGACUUGCAGUUCUUCCCACAGUUCUGUG